CACUCAAGUAGUACUGGCGGAGGUGGGACGUUGUCUCAUACAAUCGGGCGAUAAAGCAUCAAGAAAUUGUGAGACUGUACAAGGCUGGCAAAAGCCAAUAAGGGAAAAGUAAAGUUACACAGCCCUGUAAACAUGGGAACACUACAAUAGGGGAAAUACCUGGCCUGGUUCCAGGAUAUACCAGUGAUGGAAUCUAAGCCUAUAGUGAAGAAAAUUUUGCGCUCUCCCAAUUUAAAGAGGAAGAGCAAGACAAUUCCAAUUACACAGCGGGUGACCUUGGAGAAGGUACUGGGUCUGACAGUCAGUAAAAAUGCCGGGCUGGCAUGUGAUCCUAAUUCGGGGACAAUAGCUUAUCCUGCAGGAUGUGUUAUUGUUCUCUUCAACCCACGGAAGAACAAGCAGACCCACAUCUUCAACUCGUCCAAGAAGACCCUAACAACAGUCGCCUUCUCUGGGGAUGGCAGACAUCUGGUGUCAGGGGAGAGUGGCCACCAGCCGGCUGUACGAGUGUGGGAUGUGGAAGAGAAGACACAGGUGGCACAGUUUUUGGGACAUAAAUUUGGCAUCAACUGUGUGGUCUUCUCUCCCAACCUGAAGUACAUUGUGUCGGUGGGCUCUCAACAUGACAUGAUGGUGAACGUGUGGAAUUGGAAAACAAACAGUAAAGUCAAAUCAAACAAAGUAUCGAGUAAGGUAAAUGCUGUAGCGUUCUCAGAAGAUGGCAGCUAUUUCGUUACUGUGGGGAACAGACAUGUCAAGUUUUGGUAUCUCGAGAACCAUAAAUCCAAGGUUAACGAGACUGUUCCGCUAUUAGGGAGGAAUGGAAUAUUAGAGGAUCAAAAAAACAACUUUUUCUGUGAUGUUGCUUGUGGACGUGGCUCGACUGCGGGCAGUACGUUCUGUAUCACCCAGUCCGGAUUACUGUGCGAACUGGACAGUAAGCGCUACCUCAGCAAGUGGGUGGAGCUAAGGACGACUAGUGCCAACUGUAUUUCUGUAGGAGAGGACCACAUUUUCAUUGGUUGUUCCGGUGGUAUAGUUCGAGUGUUUAGUUGCAACUCCCUCCAUUUUGUCACAACAUUACCCAAGCCUCAUGCCUUAGGUGUAGAUAUAUCAGCAGCAACGAGUCCCAGUCACAUGGUCAGUAAUAAAGAAAAUGCCAAGUUCCCAGAUACAAUAGCCUUAGUCACAGACAUCACCAACAAAAAGAUAACCUGUGUGUACAACGACCACAGCUUAUAUAUAUGGGAUGUGAGGGACCUUAAUAAAGUGGGCAAAGCCUGGUCCUUUCUCUUCCACAGUUCGUGUAUAUGGGGUAUAGAGACAUACCCAAGGUUAGGUGAAGGUCAAACCCCCUUACUCCUCGGAUCUUUUCUGACGUGUUCCAGCGAUGACACAAUACGUGUGUGGAAUUUGGAUCCUCACAUGACAGAGAACACAACCUACAAGCAUAAUAUCUACAGUCAUGAGGUUCUAAAGAUCUUGUAUGUAGACCCUACAUUCGCCAAUCUCUGUGAUGUUAAUUACAACCCAGCUGGCACAAAGGAUAAGACUGACACAAACUAUGAUGGGAAGAAUGGUGUGAGGGCGAUCAAAGUAAGCCCUGACGGCCAACACCUAGCCUCUGGAGACAGACUCGGCAAUAUAAGGAUACACGAUCUUCAGUUCAUGGAAGAGAUCAGUAUUGUUGAGGCUCAUGAUGGGGAAGUUCUGUCCCUGGAAUACUCAAAUUUCCCUUCAGGUCCCCGCCUCCUGGCCUCCACCAGCAGGGACAGACUAGUCCACGUGUUUGAUGUAGAGCAGGACUAUGGCUUAAUCCAGACUCUAGAUGACCACUCCUCCUCUAUCAGUGCGGUCAAAUUCACGGAGACUGACCACACCAUAAAGAUGCUCAGCUGUGGAGCUGACAAGUCCCUGUUGUUUCGUAAUGCAGUCCUGAGCCCCAGUUUCCAGUUCUCCUUGAGUCACCACCUGGUAGGGAAGACAACUCUGUAUGACAUGGACAUUGACCCCACCCACAAGUUUGUAGCCACGGCUUGUCAGGACAGAAACAUCAGAAUAUACAACAUAAAAACAGCCAAACAAAAGAAGUGCUACAAAGGGUCAAUAGGUGACGAUGGAGUUGUAACCAAAGUCCACCUGGAUCCCUCUGGUUCGUUUGCUGCCACAAGCUCCACAGACAAAAACCUGUGUAUUCUGGACUUCUACACAGGAGAGUUCCUAGCCUCCAUGUUCGGUCACUCUGAAAUAGCGACAGGGGUCAAGUUCACAAAUGAUCUCAAGCAUCUCAUCACAACAGGGGCUGAAGGGUGUAUCUUUGUGUGGCGACUCUCUUCUGACUUCACCAAGCAGAUGAGGAGCCGGCUGGAAGAAUUGGGCAGAAUGCCAAAAGAGCUCUCCACUACAACAGAGAACGAAAUCAAACGAGGAAGUUUCAUCAUGCCCAAGCCGAUUGUGUUUGAUCAGACAGAUUCCAGUGAAAUUUUCCCGGUGUUCAAAGAUUCUGACUUCAAAUCUCCAGAAAAAGUACUGGAUGCUUUAGGCAAGAUUGAUGAAAUCCCGAGCAGAGAUGUGAAGUCGGGGCCUAAUGUACCUACCCCUGGGGCGGACUACCGUUUCAGCGUGGGAUCCCUGCCCAAGUGGGCCAAGCCGAUGUCUGCUGACCAGAGCAGUAAGAAUGGCGAGAGUUCUCUCGUGGGUCAACCUCGAGGGAAGUGGGCAGAGCGGGUGGACAGCCAAGCCAUCACAGUAAAAUCUAUGCUGGAUGGAGAGAAGACCAUAGAGCUGGCUAAAGAUGCAACCAAUGAUCGCAGAUUCACAUAUGAAGCUGAUGCCUUGAGGAGAGAGACGAUAGUCAUCUCCAAGCCUGAAACCCCUCCUGUGAAUUUACCCAUCAUUACUGCUGAUGAUGAAAAUAACCUGGAAGAUGAUGAUGAUUUCCUACCCCUAUCAUUUGGGCCCCGGAACCUGGAUCGUAGUGGGGAUUUUGAUCGUUCGAUCAACAUUUCACGGGGCAGUGACCCUCCAGGACUGAACCACAAAUGGACGAGUCGGCGAAGCCUCCUCGUUGACGGAGACGAUGCUGAUGAUGAGGAAACGGAUUCAGAUACACGGGAGGUGAUAUAUUAUCCCCAGGGGGAUACAGACCCAUCUGAUGCCAACUUCAACUCCUACAAAGUGUUUGCCAUUUCCUGUGAUGAACUUAAAGAAGGACGAAAUAAACUGCGACGGUCAACUGUGGGCUCUGAAAGCUCUUUCAGAGAUGCUGACUCAGAAAGUACAGACCCUCUGUCUCUUGAUGAUGUAGAAGAGGAGUCCGACGAUGUUCCAUCUCUACCAACAACACCUUUAGAGCCAGAGAGAGAUUUCACGCCUACCAAGAGUCGAUUUAUCCAUGACAACAUCGAGAACUUUACUCCCAUUGCCCAGGACAAGUUUAGUCGGAACUUGGAUAACAUAGAGCGUCAGCUGAUUGAUGAGGAUUCUCGGCGUAUCUUUAGUCCACGGCUGAGCAUAUCAGCCAAGUUCCUCAACAGAGCUGGAGGGGCAAGGAAUGUGGCCCGACAAGAUACCUGGUUUGACUCUGUACAGAAACGGAAAGACGACAUGGCCAGGGCAGUUGACGAAACGAGACGGAAACUGGAAUCUCUGGGUUGGGGCGGUGACAGAGCGGACCACACCCACCUUGACCAACCCCCAGAGAGAGGGGCCAAACUCUCCCUUGCUCCUGACACUUACUACUCCCUCCCUAGGUUAAAAAAGAGACAAUUUAAUACAGAAUCCUCCAACCAGUCCAACAUGUCCGAGUCACGGAGAGUCGCCCCUAGCUCACCAGUACGAUCUGUUUCACUGGGGAAGGCCGAUGCUGGUGAUAAGUCUUGUGUGAGUACUUUUGAGCUGAGGCCCAAAAGCAUUUCUGAAGAACCAACGAAGCCACCGAAACCUUCAAGUUUAUCAAAAACUGUUCAGGAUAAGAACGAAUCUUCAUCGUUCAUGUCCAGAAAAGGUACUUCAGAGAAAAACAUCCCCAAUGAAGUGGCUGCUGAGAGUGAAAAAACUCGGCUGUACACAAGACGUCAUUCCAAUGAACAACAUUCCUACCUGAGGCCCACAAAGAGCUCGCGUGCCAAGAUCGCGCGUGCUGCAUCCUCUUCUAACCUUAAUCGUGAUCGAACAAGCAGCACAGAUGACCUGUCACGGUUGGCCAACUCCUCCUCAAUGGAAAAUCUCAGCUUUCAAGACAUUGACGCACCUGUUGCCAAUUUUGACAAUUUCCGUCACUCCUUGUCCCGCCAGAAGACCGUGUCUGUUCCUAAUCUGGCCACGUGCUUCGAGGAGGAAGAAGAAGAAGAAACGUCUAAUCUGUGCAAUCUCAUCGACCUCUCCAAGAGCGUGCCGGACUUCAUGGACGCUGAUGAGACUAGCUCGAGCUAUUCUGAUAGCAGUAGUUUGGCCGUGAGUGAACCUGCUGUUAUAGCCUUGAAUCGAUCGGCUUACUCCAGCCGCGCCAUGAGAGACUCCUCCAGAAAGGUCAACCAGUGGAACACACGACGUUCUCUGCCCGGAGAUCUUGUGGGAAGCAAACCUAGCUGGGCCAGGCCACCUAGAUCAAGGGAGGACUUUGAUAGAUUCAUAAUGCCACCUCCUUCCAAAACACAGGUGGCAAGAACUGGUUUCCUUAGAAAGGCAGCCCAAUCCAAGAGACGCUCAGCUCCCGAUUUAACGUUGGAGCAGGCCAAAAACAUUUUGCUGGGAAACUCUGGUAUUCUGGGCAAGUCUUCCCUUAGUGAAUACAGACCUUCAAAAUCAAACAGCUCAAGGCCAAAACAGAAAGACACCAUUGCAGAGUACCCGGAAAAUGGUACUGUGUCAAAUUUAAAACAACAGUUUUUAAGUUCCAAGAGCAAUCUGAGCUCGAAGGCAACCUCUGGUGUAAACCUAUCUCUUACAAAAAACUCAUCUUUGUCAAAAAGUUCUACUUCUAACGCAUCUGACCAUAAAGGUCCGUCUGGAGACCGCUUAAUGAGCCGGGCUGAGCUAGACGCCAGCCCUAUUGAACCACCAGUGCGGGACCAACCAUCCAAACCCUCCACUCAGUCAUCCGGGAAUGUGGUAAAGGGACCAGACACAAAUUCAGUAUCACCACCAACAAAAGAUAACCCUUCCACCCAGAGAGAACUUGUACAUGGUGGGGUGAGUUCAGGCAGCAAGAUUUCCUCUAGGCUCCCGGCCGUGGGUAAAUCCUCCUCCUCUGGGAACGUGCCUCAAGGUCAGACAGUCAAGGUCAACUCCACCACCACCAGUAAAUUGAGGCCAAUAGAUCUGGAUGUCCACAGAAGACCUGAGAAGGACAUAUCGAACAUCAGUGAUAUAACCACGGACUUGUCUCCCAACUCCCUGUCCUCUGGAGACACAGGCAGUGUGGGAACGGCUAGCUCUACCUCCCCCAGGGAUCUCAACUUCCCCAAACAGUCCACUCCUGUCAAUGUAGGUGCCAGUCUUCCUAUGUCCCAGUCUUUCUCCAACCAGCAAGGUAAACCUGCCACCCCUGUGACUAAAGCCUCGGGCGUUUCCCCAGCCCCUUCAGGAGGCAUCCUUCGUAAAGCCAUGAUGUUUGGUCAAACGCGGGAUUUGAACUCAAACUCCAACCCUAAACAGCUGCGUAGUGCAUCCAUGGACAAAACCAUUGAAGAUUCAUGCUCAGAGUUUGAUGAGAUCUCAGCUCUGACGGUGACGCCCUCCAAACUGCGCUCUAGUCAGGGGGGUGUGGUCUUACCCUGGCAGGUCAAUGGCAGACCACAACAGGCCCAGUCGGACUCGGGGGUCAGCUCUGAUACUGAUGAGUCGGAGCCCAAGCGACCUCCCAGGCGUCUCCCAGUGUCUACCAUGUUAAAUAGCAGGUCUGCUAAUCAAGUGAGCACCCUCAAACCCGAGCUGUCCUCCAAACCAAAGAUGUCCCUACCCUCAGUUCCUGUGGCCCCGUCCACCAGCCAGGUGCCCAAUGGGCAGAGACGAGGAUCUGCACCAAGCAAUACCCAUCUCACUCCUAGCGCCACUGUGCAACCCACGAAGGAUUCCCCCACCCAGAGACCAGAUUCUAAAGCUAUGCCAACCAACAGACCAGACAAGUCCCAGUUAAGGUUACCUGUACGAAAUUCAGAGGUCAGCUCAUCCAAGAAACAAGAAGAGUCAGAUUCCACGGUCUGUGACCAAGCUAUACUGGACAUGAGGAAGGCUGUGAAGAAAGUAAAACACCUAUAUGAACAGGUUGCUGAAAGCAGAGAUCCCGAGUCCAGAAAAAUGGCAGAAACGCUGUCUGCUUCACUCAACGACAUUCAGCAAACACUGGCAGAGAUGUCUGCAAGGUCACCUGACAUUUCAGCAAAGACGUUUAAACCGAUCACGCCCACCCCUGAAGAUGACAUGUUGACCAAUAGAUCAGUGACUCCAGUGGAUAGCUCAGCCUACAACAUGCUACAGCCUAUUCUAGAGCAUUACUCCAGCCACUUGUCUGAGAAAGUCUUCAGUCUGAUACAGCGGAGGCUUGACUCCUCAACACCAUCAUCUUCAUCUGACGCGUAGCACGGCUAUACUGGGGGAAUCUUACCUGUCUGAGAAAGUGUUCAGUCUGAUACAGCGGAGGCUUGACUCCUCACCAUCAUCUUCGUCUGACGCUUAGCACGACUAUACUGGGGGAAUCUUACCUGUCUGAGAAAGUGUUCAGUCUGAUACAGCAGAGGCUUGACUCCUCAACACCAUCAUCUUCGUCUGACGCGUAGCACGGCUAUGCUGGGGGAAUCUUACCUGUCCAAGAAAGUGUUCAGUCUGAUACAGCGGAGGCUUGACUCAACACCAUCAUCUUCGUCUGACGCGUAGCACGACUAUACUGGGGGUAUCUUACCUGUCUGAGAAAGUGUUCAUUCUUCUAAGCAGGGAUGUGAGGUGCUCCCCUUCACAUUUGGGGACAUGCCACAUUCCAGCUGCGGAAUGAUUAUAAACCUGAGAUGGGUUGUGGGGAUCUAUCACAAAUGUGGGGAGGUCUGUCAGUUGGUGUCUGGACCAUGCCCAGAAUACAGUCAUCUCAGGUGAAUGUCAGAGGCUGGUUAGCUUGCUAAAACGGAGAUUCUCAGAGAAACUCUUAACAUCUGACAGACAGAUCAUUACUGGACCUUUUCUUGACACAAAUUUAAGGGUCCAGCUGUUUCAAGGAACUUAAAAGCAGUAGCUGUGAAAAGAGUAAGACUUUUUCCAGAAGUUAAAAAUGACCAUGCAACACUACCAGCAUUGCUAUUUUGCUGUAUUUCACCAUACCUGGAAGCCCAUUCAGUUUACCUACAGCAGUGUUAUCAUCAUAUCGAAUAUUGCAUAUCUUGACACUGGUAUAUAUUUUUGUAAUGUAGGUGCAAUAAUGUCAAAUUUUCAAAUUGUAGGUGUCAUCUGUAGUAAUCUUUUUUUUUUUCACUCUCCUGAACUGAUGAUGUGCUGUCACAAAGCUUCUUUUAUAUAACAUGUUAGCAUUGUUGUUACUUUAUAGUUGCUUGUGUCUAUAAUGGCAGUGUUCCUUGAUGCCAAUUAUGUUUCAUUAACUACUAGUUUUUGGUGGAGGACAAGGUUAUAUUCUGUCCUGACUAGAAAACAGGUGCUUCCUUGCUGUUGUUGUUGAACUGUAAUACAUGCAGUUACAUACCUAUGCAAUAUUAUAGCUAUAUCCUGCAGGAACGUCUCAGUUUUGUCUUUAUGACGGUUUGUCCAUAGAGUAUUCUUGCCUUACUAGCAAUUUAUCAGCCAUUAUUUCAGAACUGGAGAGUGUUUUAUAGAAACUAUUGCCAAAAUUAUUUACCACAAAGCUUGUAUUGGUUCUUCUAUAGGCAUACACGCGCUAUGGUUUUCUUUUGCUUAUAGUACUUCGGUGUUGUAUUCAAGUACCAUUAUCAUGGCAUCUCAGGAAGGAUUCCUCCUAGAGGAUAUGAACAUGUACUCAGAAAUGUAUCUUACUGAAGGCCCCUAGCUCUGUGUUAUAUCUGCAUGUAUUGAUGAACAUAUGGGUAUGUAAUAAGAUCAUCACAUGGAUCUCCUAAGAUCACCGCAUGGAUUAAUUGUUAGUUUUCUACAUUGACAUUCAUUCUAAUUCUCUACAAUCCAACUGCAUGAUACAUAGGCCUAUAAGCAGUAUCUCACUGCAUCUGGCUGUGCUUUAUCCCCAAGAGGUUUUCAAGGAUUUAUUCUAGAGUACGGCAUAAAACCCAAGUGAAAUUUCCAAAAUAAAGGCCAUGUGGUAGCUACGCCCCCCCACCCACCACCACCACCACCAAGAGUGAUUACAGCUCCCUGUGGUACAAGUAGUCCAGCUUGUUGUAAAGUAUGAUCCAAACAUAACUUCUCCAAAUCUUUGUUGUCAACUUUCAGUUCAGUUCAUUUGUCCAGUCCUCAAGAUUGUGCCUUACCAUUGAUCGUCUUUCAGCAGUCUCACCUAUUCAUUUGACUGAUUAGGAGCAUCAACGCGUUCCCACAUCUGUAUAUUCAUGAAUGCCCAUACACAUCACUAGAUGACUUUGUGGUUAUUUCCUUCUGAGCCUUGUUGCAUGCCUUGUUCGUUUAUAACUGGUAAAUUGCAAUUAUGAUCAAAGUGCCUUUGUGGAUUUGGCUGCAUAUUUGUUUAUUAAAUGUGCAACAAUUGAAUCAUACCUGUACAUAUUUGCC